AUGUUACCACCCAACACGGCUCGCAAAGAUCACGACAGCCGACGUCAACAAGUUCAUGGAGGACAAGCCGGAACUGUCACGCACCGAGCUUCUUCAGAAACUCCCCCUUGGCUCCACGAUCUCGCCAGAGCCUUCUCCCCACAGGACGCAAACAAGUUACCGCCCCGCCGGUCGUGGGGUCACAAAAUCGAAAUCCAGCCGGGAAGGGAACCCCCGUACCAAAAGUCACGCCCUCUGUCGCCCGCGGAAUUACAGGUCGUGCGGAAGUGGCUGGACGACAACCUAAGCAAGGGGUUCAUCAGGGAGUCUAGGGCUCGGUGCGCCGCGACCCUUCUCCUCGCUGCGAAGCCGGGAGGGGGAGUCCGUAUCUGUCAAGACUACCGAGGCCUGAACAGCGUCACAAUCAAGAACCGGUACCCGCUGCCAUUGGUCCGCGAGACUCUCGAUGCCAUUUGCCGUGCCAAGACAUGCACGGCAUACCUUGACGACGUCCUUGUCUACUCGGAAUCCAGGAAAGACCACCGUGACCACGUCCGCGAAGUUGUCCGCCGCCUGGGAGAUGCAGGCCUCCAGAUCGACAUCAACAAGUGCGAGUUCGAGACCACCAGGACCAAAUACCUAGGCCUGAUCAUCACGCCCGGGGGCAUGGAGAUGGACCCCGCGAAGGUGAUGACGAUCCGAGACUGGAAACAGCCAACGAACCUCCGCGAUCUCCAGCGAUUUUUGGGGUUUGCCAACUUCUACCGACAGUUUAUCAGGGGCUUCUCAGUCGAGGCCCUCAAGACAGCUUUCAUCACCGCGCCAGUCCUCGCCAUGUUUGACUACGACCGAAAAACAGUGCUGGAAACUGACGCCUCAGACUGGGCGUCCGGGGGAGUACUCUCGCAGAUCGAUGAUGAGGGCGUGCUGCGACCCGUAGCAUACUUCUCGGCAAAGCACAGCGCCGCGGAAUGCAACUACGAAAUCUACGAUAAGAAACUUCUAGCCAUCGCGCUAAACCAGCGACAAGUCCGCUGGUCGGAGUUCCUGACCGGGUUCAACUUUAAGAUCACGUACCGGCCAGGCUCUAAGGCAAUUCGCCCCGACGCCCUUAGCCGUAAACCAGAGGACCGCCCAGCUCGCGCGGAUGCCGACGAUGACCGCAUCGAGAACCGACAGCGAACAAUGCUGCCACCUGACCGCUUUGACAAAGCGGUACUCGCCGAACUGAUCCGCGAAGCCAAUGAGGCUGGCGAUAUCACUGCCGCCCCCGCACGGCUAAUUCUAUCAGACGAUGCUACGCCGAUCGAUGACCUUAUUGACCAUGCAUACCAGAGAAGCGACAUGAUCCGCAUCGCCCUCGACUCGCUCCAAGACCAUACCACCCGCCGCUGGCCUAAAGAAAUCCGAAAAGAGAUGAGGAUUGCCAUGGCCGACUGCAAGGUGGUGGAAGGGCGAAUCUACUACCGGGAUCGAUUGUUUGUCCCCGCCGACGACGACGAGCUAAAAAUCCAGAUCAUAUACCGCGCCCACUCCUCGGGCCCGGUUGGACACCCGGGCCGAUACAAGACGACAGAGCUGGUCUCGAGAACGUAUUGGUGGCCGCGACUGUCGCGAGAUGUCCAAUCCUACGCCCGCGCAUGCGAGCUCUGUGUCAGAACGAAGGCCCCCCGGACGUCACCCGCCGGGUUCCUGCACCCCCUCGCCGUCCCAUUCCGUGCCUGGUCAGAUAUCUCGGUUGACUACAUCACACCGCUGCCCGACUGCGAACGGACGGGCCGCAAGUACAAACACAUCGCCGUCGUCGUCUGCAGGCUGACAAAGAUGAGACACUUCAUCCCGGUCACCAGCUUGACCGCAGAAGAACUGGCAGAGCAGUUUGUGGCGCGAGUUUACGCCCUUCACGGUUCCCCAGACACAAUUAUCUCGGACCGAGGAACCCAGUUCGUCUCGGAAUUCUGGAGGGAGCUGUCUGCACGGCUAUCAAUCACACUGAAACCCUCCUCGGCCUUCCACCCGGAAACCGACGGCCAGACAGAACGGGUCAACGCCAUUUUGGAACAAUACCUACGGGCAUUCAUGAACUUCCACCAGGACGAUUGGGUCGAUUGGCUGUUGCUCGCCGAGUUCGCCUCCAACAACACGGUCAGUGAAACCACGGGCUUCUCGCCAUUUUUUGCCAAUUAUGGCUUCAACCCGCGCCUGGGAUUCGAGCCCCGGACCCCAUGCUCUCCGGACAAGACUCCGCAGCAAAAGAAGGAAUUCAUGCGCGCACACAAUAUUGCGGACCGGUUCGAUCAGAUCCUGACCCAACUGAAAGCCCUGUCCGCCGAAGCCACCCAGCGGUACGAACAAAACGCCAACGCCCGUCGCGAGGAUGCUCCCCGGUACUCGGUGGGAGAACGAGUAUUUGUCAACACCCGGAACAUGAAGACCAAUAGGCCGAUGAAGAAGGGAGACGAUAAGUGGGCAGGACCGUACAAAAUUACCGCCUCCUACCCCCGUGCGUGUGCCUUGGAAUUGCCCGAAGAGAUGAGGAUCUUUCCCGUGUUCCACCAUUUGCUGCUACGCCUCGCAAUCACAGGACAUGGUCUGAGAGUCCAGGUCGAAAUAAACGAAGCAGAAUCUCGGGACAUUCGUGGCCGCAUCCUGGAACGAGACGACGGCACAGGAGAGAUAGUAGAAAAAUGGCUGUUUGAUGGACUUCUGGACUGCCACAACCAAGACGGGUACCACUACCUGAUCAAGUGGAAGCAUCACCGGCCAACCUGGCAACCCGCGUCAGAUUUAAAGGCCAAGAACAAGCUAUUUUAG